GUAAUUUGGCGUCUUGCAUCACAUGAGUCCGUCCAUACGAGUCCUGAAGCGGCGGAAGAGGCAUGAUUUUCCAAGCGCAGGCUGCUCUUUCACCGCCUUUAACCAGACAGACGCAAGAUUAGCGCACACACGACCAGAUUUAGACGUUUUUCCCUCAUUUUCAAACGCGUUUUGCUAAUUUCCUGCAGUAUAAACUUAUUUAUUAGCUUUAGCCAGGUAGCUUGUAUUUCGAAAUUGGAUAAGUAUGAUCAGCCUGGCGGUGGAUUAAUCGGCCUGUUUCAGCAAUGUCACAUACUGUAGUAAAGAUAGCCUGUUGUUUUUGUUCUUCCAAAAGCAGAGCAGUCUGAAGUUGAGUUAGGUUUGUAAAGCUGAACAAAAUCCAGGAAAACUGGAGAUCACAGCCAGGAAAUCUGUUCAGGAGAGCAGACUAAAGCCCGUUUUGCUUUUAAACUCACCGGUUUAGACCAAAUCAAGGCCUAACAAAGAGGACAUCCUUCCAAAGCCUUUGCAUUUCAUCUUCAGAAAGAGAAUAAAGCACAAAAACAGGCUGAUAUGAUGUUUCCACAAGCCAGGCACUCGGCUUCGUCUCAAUCGACACAGCCGCUCAAAUUCACCACGUCAGACUCUUGUGAUCGCAUCAAAGAUGAGUUUCAGUUCCUGCAGGCACAAUAUCACAGUCUGAAGUUGGAAUGUGAUAAACUGGCGAGUGAGAAAUCUGAAAUGCAGCGUCAUUACAUAAUGUAUUAUGAGAUGUCAUACGGACUCAACAUUGAAAUGCACAAACAGGCGGAGAUUGUGAAGAGAUUGAAUGGAAUCUGUGCUCAGGUGUUGCCUUACCUGUCUCAAGAGCACCAGCAGCAGGUCCUGGGGGCGAUUGAGCGAGCCAAACAGGUCACCCCUCCUGAGAUGAACUCAAUUAUUCGGCAGCAGCUUCAGGUUCACCAGCUCUCUCAGCUUCAGGGUUUGGCAUUACCCAUGACCCCUCUGCCCCUGGGCUUGACUCCACCCACCCUGCCCGCCGUCACCUCCAGCUCCGGCCUCCUGUCGCUGUCCAGCAUCCUCGCGUCUCACGCACACCUGGCCAAGGAGGACAAGAGCUCCCGCGACGGGGCCGAGGGCCACCGCGACGACGACGCAGACAAAUCCGACUAGCCUUCAUAGAGACGCUUUGAUUCUACGCAGAAAGAGAGGCAAAAACUACUCCUUCUGUUUACUCCUUCUCCUUCACCGGAUUGGGUCUGAUUCAAUAUCUAUCUCUCUCUCUCUCUCUUUUACUACAGCGAAUCUUUAUUCUGUAAUUCUGUUUGAUUUUAUUUGCUUUUCAUUAGUGGUGUUUGCUAAGGCUCUAUUAUUAUUAUUAUUAUUAUUAUUAUUGCUCAUACUUGGGGUUAGUGAUUUUAACAAACCCCCGUCCCUAAGUAUUCAACUUCAGCAUGUAACAUACCUCAAAUCGUGUGUCUUGUUGAGGAGAGGUGUAUUAUUACUGUAAGUGACUUAAUGAUUUUUCCUGGCAGACAAUAAAAAGGGUGGAAAAUCCCAUAGAUACUGAAUAUAAUAGAGACUUCAUGAUGCACUCUUAUGAGUCACCCAGAAUGCCCUGGCAAUGCUCUAGCAACAACCUAGCAACUGCAUGCUUGUCCUCUCAAGCACCCAAAACACGUGUAAACGACCACUAAGACACACCGUUUAGAAACCAUACAGCAACAGCCUCCAGCAGUCAGUUUCUCUGAUACCUACUAGUCAAUAUAUUUCAUCAUAUUCUAUUCUGGGCGUACCUAGUUAAGGGUUUUACAUAAAAACAAAAACAUGUUUUACAUAAAAAGAUGACACACUGUCUAUAUUGCCCUCAGAAAGGUACAAAUGCCUCACGAAGGCCUUACCAAGUGUCUGUGUAGGACGGUGAUGGGCCUGAAAACGGUUUUGACAAAAACAAAGAGAUUUUCCUAAUUCAGACCCACAUCCUCAUGUCAUUUCUGUGUAUAAGUGGUUUGUUUUUCUGUUUGCGGUGAAUGUGUUUCCGUGUGUGUCCAGCAGGUGGCAGCCAGUGAGUGUGUGUUGAAUGAUGUGUGCAGCUGUAAUAGGUUAUUUGAAAUGGAAUACUAUCAUACUACUACAGCAGUGGUUCUCAGUAGAUUUCAGUCUUGAACCUUGAUUUGAUGUGUUUUUAGCAUUUUAGCUGAUACUAAAGUUCAGUUAUUAUUAAUUAGUGACUAAAAACAUUAACAUUAAAAUGAUUGAACUUUAAACUAAAAUGCAAAAAACAAUUCAAGACUUAAGACUGAAAUGUAUGUCUUAUGUAAUAUUAUAAUAAUGAAUAAUACAAGAAUUAAAUAUUAGUUUUUCCCUCUCAAUAAGUGUUGUUUUCUUGACAAUGAACAGUGCAUUUUUACCGCACUUGUUAACCUUUGAUAAUGUUAGUGAAUAAAUAUGUUCAUAUUACUUCACAGUUGAACUAAACGUUAACUAAGAUUAAUAAAUGCUGUAUAAGUAUUGUUCAUGUUAACUAAUACAAUAUCAGUGCUCACAGCUUUCUCAUCAUUUUCAAAGGCAAUUUAAUAAAUAUAACUGUGAUUUGUGGAAUAACCUUUUGGCUUGCUGAAUUAACCCUGCAAACUAAUGAGGUCGCCCCAGUGUAGCAUACAGUACAUACUGCACCGUUAGUAGUACGCUAGUAUUCCAGGCUGUUUUAAAGACAAGACUACCUAAGGUUGUACAUAUGCACGGGUGCAUUGUGGGUAUUUUCUAAUUGUGUGCUCCCUGAACAUUUAUUUCUUGUGUCCCAUGAUUCCUUUGUGUUUUUUGUUUUUCAGCACACCAGUGCUGAUGUAUGCUAAGAAACGCUCACCGUUGAGCCCUGGAUUGCUUAUUUUAAUCUAUUAAUGAAGUUUUCUGAUUUUUUUCUUUAGGUAUUUUUCCAGUUGAUUUCGCUUGAUCUCAAAAACCGACGGCCAAUUUAUAUACAUGUAUAAAUAUAUCAAUAUACAUUUAAUUUUGUAAACAUUUUUGUAUGUAUAAAGCUAUGUUCAUGGUGUAUAUGGCCCCGGAGGACAUUUAGUGCAGGUUAUACACAGAAAUCUAUGAUCAUUAAUAGUCAAGUCACACAUUUCCACUCUGAUUUGUUUAAAUGCGUGUAGCACUGGCUGGUCUCGACUAGUUAUAGAUGCUAAAGGAUAAAGGAUAAAUGAUGUGUUCAGCAGUUCGGACUUUAUCUCAGUCUCGUGAACAUCAGCUGAAAAAGUUUCGUAAAUCCAUUGACGCGAGCGAUUCCUGAAGCCCCUCCCUCUUCUGAUGCUUCUCAUCUGAUAUUUGCCACAUUUUGGAGCUUUGUAGUAGUUUUUUAAAGUGUGUGUGUUGAUGUGACAUGAUGUAAUUGAUGGAAAUGUAUGUUGUUUGUGUUGAUAAACUGCUAUUAUAACUUCAUUUAAAGACGAUUGUUGGAAGAAAAAGGUUAAAACAUUUACUAUGAACGAGAGAUUGAGCAGUAAGGAAGUAUUUAUGGUGCCUUACAAAUAAAAGAUUCAUUGGACCUUUA